AUGGGCGAGCAAGCUCUCAACACGUUAUCAUCCAGAUCACUUGGCAAAAACUACCUUUGGCAAUAUGACAAAGCCGACUUCAACUUUUUGCGCAAUGUGGCAACUGCCACUGAGGGCAGUGAGUACAUGCAGUACCUGAGGCAGAGCCAGCAUGAAAUUCUCAAAGAGGAAGAAAGGAGAUAUCGUUUCCUGGCUGAAAAACAUUGUGGACUUACACAGUCACUACUAUACCUUAUCAACAAGGAGGGCAGUGAGUACAUGCAGUACCUGAGGCAGAGCCAGCAUGAAAUUCUCAAAGAGGAAGAAAGGAGAUAUCGUUUCCUGGCUGAAAAACAUUGUGGACUUACACAAUCACUACUAUACCUUAUCAACAAGACGGGAGUAUCUCUCCAGCAGAGAGCAGAUGGUUGGAAAGAAAAAGUCAGUGAGAGCAGAAGUUCCAGACCUCGAACACCCACUCCAUCAGAUCAAGAAGCUCAGUUGAAGAGCUCUCUGGGCUCUCUGCUGCAGACUGGAGACCGAGAAAUGGACCGUGAGCCGCUGGGCAGAGUGCCCUCUAGAGCCCCGUCUCCUCUCCCCAGUCGUUCCCGCUCCAGCUCUGUGGGCGAGUCUUUGGGUCUAGGUGACGGCCGCUCAUUGAGGGCCAUUGUGUCCCAUCCCGCUUCAUCCAAUCCAGUCCUGCUGCCAUUUGCCCAUGGUGACAUGGUGACUGUGCUCAUACCAGAACCACGCAACGGUUGGCUGUACGGACGCCAUGACUCAAGCCUCCGUCAAGGCUGGUUUCCUGCUGCCUUUGUGACAUCUACUGAAGACUUUCUACCUUUGGGCUCAAGUAGUACGUCGCACCGAAGCCACAGCAUGAACAACCUCCUGGAGCCAACCAGCCAAUCAGAAUAUUCAGACACCCAGGGCUACAGUGACAUCCCGUCCCCAGUGGUACCUAUGCGUCGCGCGUCGGCUGAUCUUCGCCCAAUCUCUCCCCUCCCUGAAAAGAAGGCGGAGUCUAACAACGAGGUCAAGACCAGCCAGAAAACCUACAAUGAGAUUCCGCCUCCAGCCGCACCGCUCCGUCGUGGAUCAGCUGAUUUUCGACCAAUAUCUCCCCUCCCUGACAGGAGGGCGGAGUCUCAUUUUGAGAGCAAAGUAGAGCACAAAAAUUAUAAUGAACUCCUGCUUCCGGCUCCGCCCCUUACAAACUCUCCUCUCCCUGAGCGAAAGACCGAAUCAACCUCUGAGAGGCCAACCACUCAUGGACAACCACCAGAGCACCCGCUUUUUCCCAGAGGAUCAAAUCCUUUUGCCACAGUGAAGCUCCGUCCCACAGUCACCAAUGACAGAUCAACACCACGGAUCCACUGACAGUCGUCGCAAAACAUCGCCUGCAUUCUGACUGGUUCAGAGUCUGUACCAAAUGUCUCAAUUUGUUGAUAAGUGUACAAUUUAAGUCAACUUUAAUAUUAGAAUGAAAAGAGAUUUUUAAACUUAAUUUAAUGGCACUUUUUAAACUAACUUAGUAUUUAAUUUGAAUGGAUAUGUCCAGCUGUAUAGCAUCACUCAGAGCAUUAUUUACAUUUUCUUUCAGCUAAAUCGGGUGACCUAAAUCUUUUGAAAGGGGUUAUUUUAUGAUAAAUGGAAUUAGACAUACUAAAAAAACAUCCUCCAAAAAGGACAAAUGUUACAGAAUAGCUUUAUGAUGUCAGAUAGAUGAACACCCAAGAGUUUCCACAUUUCCACAUCAACACAUGGG